AUGGAAUGGACUAAGGUACUACUCCUUGAUACCCUAGGUAAGGUUUGUAGUGGCAACAAAGAGAAAGAAGUAGUUAGUAUUGAUCAAGAAGAAUAUGAAUACUCUGACCAUUUGUAUACUCCUCCUGAGAGUGAUGAUGAUGAAAAAGGAGUGAAGAUUUUAACCAUUUGUAUACCCUCCAACAAGAUUUAUAAGGAUUCAAUCAAAGAUCAUAUGCUUUUAUUUCUGACAAAUAGAAGUUUAAGGUCUUAG